AAUCAUUUACAAGUCCGAGCCCUAUCAAAUCGGGUCCAAAAUAAUAAAAACCCUAAAAAAUUUUUGUCAUUCCAUAAAUCGGGUCAAGAAGUUAGUUUAUUUUCACGUUCAAAGAGGCACAUUUCAGGAGAUUUUUGAUAUUUGAAAAAUGGCAUUCUCUGGACACGUAAGCCUAUCAGGACAACUAAUUCGCGAUGAAAUAUAUAGCGGGAAAACGCUCAACCGUCGAUCCACAUCUUCGUGCGGAUCACCCGCCUCGCUGCUUUCGCCCAAACCAUCGCCCCAAAGCAUCCCAUCCCAGAACUAUUUGGCAAAGGACGAGAAGUUCGUUUCCAUGUUAUCUGUUGCCGAAUUGGAGAAAUCAUCGCCCCACUCUACGGACAGUUGGUCAGUUAUGUACGAAGGAUUCAAGCCGUCUGAGAGCCCAAGUGACUUGAUCCCCUCACUGCACUUCAGUUCUCAGGCGAGCUCCCUGAAUUAUUUGCGACACGUAGACAGUAUGAAGGGACACCGUGAGCCUGAUGCUGCCUAUGCGAACUGGUACUCCGCCAAGCAGAGACAGCGCCAGAAGCAGAUACAGCGCCUGAAGCGGGAACAAGACUACGACCAGCAGCGGGUGAAGGAGCGCAAGCAGCUGGCCCAAAUGUGCUACGACCAGUGGUUAAAGGACAAAGCCCGUUUGGCAGCAAAUCAACGGUUGGAAAAGCACCUUCAAACGGCGGCGAUGCAAGCCAGCAUGGCACUAUCCAAAAGUCCUAUCGAUCCACCCUUAGCUUUGUCGAAGGCCGUAUCACUGCCUAUAAAGACAAGCCAACCCAGCAAGCCAUCACGGAACGUAUCCCAGGACGAGAUUCGGAAGGUGGUGGAGGGCUGGUGGAUAAAGAAGCAGCAGCAGCAAAGGGCCCAGCGUGAGGCAAAGAGGCAGGAUAUUAUGUUCAAGGCUCUGGAGGAAGAGCGCCGCAAGCAAAUGGCUGAGGUGGCAUGGCAUAAGUGGAUGUCCACCGUGAACGCGAAGCCAAAGCCAGUGCCCCUCAACCAAGGAAUGGACUCCCUUCGUGGCACCAUCUCCCAUUUGUAUGUCAAUCCCCAGCCUUGGCUGGGCCCCAUCCAGUCACCAAAGUAAUAGCCGGUCAUUUUUGUAUACACUAUUCUGAUUUGUAGUCUCUGUAUUGCAACUAAAUAAGUAAUUUAAAUUAUAUAAAAAUUGUUUAGCCAAUGUAUUGUUCGAAAGAGAAGAAAAUUAAAAAAUUGUUAAUCAGUAAAAUGUA